GCUCCGCGCGCUCGUCUCGCGCCUCUCGCGCUCUCGCCGCUCCCUCGGCGCUCACUCAGCGCUCGCGAGCCGCCCGCGACACACGUCCGCGCCGAACACGCUCCGCCACCCUCGCGCGAACAGUGUACGAUACUCAUACUUGACGGUGACACAGUGCUGUGCGAAUCCGACCGGACGUGCGCCUUCGUCCACCGCGAGCGAACGGUGCCAUGCGAACGUCGCACUCCGGCGGGAAGGCGAUUCUUUGAGCGACGAAAGGGUUGGAGUGCGGGGCGGGCGGAGGGCGGCGCGAGGCCGCGCACGCGCCCGCCGGCGCGCCGCGCACGGUCCGGCACACGCGUUGACACCGGCGCGCGCGAUGGACGACAAGCCGACGCCCGUCGGCGGCGAGGAGCACUACAGCCUGCGCUGGAACAACCACCAGGCGCACCUGCUGCGCUCCUUCGAGGCGCUGCUGCACGCAGAGACGCUAGUGGACGUGACGCUCGUCUGCGCCGAGAGACGCGUACGCGCACACAAGGUGCUGCUCGGCGCCUGCAGCCCGCUCUUCCGCAGGAUAUUCAGCGAGAAUCCGUGCAAGCAUCCCGUCAUCGUGCUCAAGGACUUCCAAGGAUGGGAGGUGCAAGCUGUGGUGGACUUUAUGUACCGCGGCGAAGUGUCGGUGGCGCAGGAGCAGCUGGGGACUGUGAUUCGCGCGGGAGAGUCGCUACAAGUGCGCGGGCUGGCCGACCAGGACCGAGAGGAGCAGGCGCGGUCGCCGCCGCCGACGCCGCUGGCGCGGAGCCCGGUGCAGGCGACCCCGCCGGCGCCGUCGCCGCCCGCCAGCCCGGCGAGCCCGCAGCCGCGGCGAAAGCAGGCGCGCCCGCGCCGCCGCUCGGGCGAGUCGGACACUCCAGAGAACCUGUCGAUGCGGCGCUCGCCGACAAGCGGGCUGAAGGCGGUGAGGCUGUCGCGACCGCGCUCGCCGCCCAAGCAGGAGCAGCCCGACGAGCAGGAGUCGGAGGCGCCGCCGCCGCCGCGGAUGUUCCCGCCACACCAGGACAUGUUCCCCCCGGUGCCGCCCGCCGUCUCCGCGCUCUCCCUGACGCCACCACACAGUAUCUUCGGCACGAAGACUUCACACCACAGUGAGGACUUUUCUGAAGUUAAUCACAAUAUCGGAAUGUUGUUCGGCAUUGACUCGCCGCUGGGGCUGUUCCCGCCGGGCAUGGAGCACAAGAUGUAUCCGCUGAUGGACGUGGAACACCGCGCGCCGCCGCUCGACGCUCAGCUAUUCACCAAUGUUAAAAAGAAAUGGAGACCGAAAGGUCAACACAGCGCGCCGCGCGGCGGUCCACCUCGAUCAUGGACGAACGCCGAGCUCACGGAGGCGCUCCAGCACGUGUGGAACAAGAAGAUGACCACCAGCCAGGCGUCACGGAUAUUCGGCAUACCAUAUAACUCACUGCUCAUGUACGUGCGAGGCAAGUACGGCAAGAGCCUCAAGCUGGAACAACUGAGGAAGGACUGCAUCGGCGCGCCGCUCGACGUGCUCAACCUAAAUUCCGGCAACAACAACAACAACCAUCCCGCGAGCAAACACCACGACAAGGAGGACCACCAGAACGCGAGCCAAAGACCGGCCAGCUCCGAGCCGGACAUUCCCUCCAAUCCGAUGUUCAACCCGUUCCAGCAAGGGUUCUACCCGGAGUUCCCGCCGGGCUUCCCGAUGCCGCUCAACAUGCUGCACCUACUGCCGCCUAACGAGAAAGCGCGAGAGCUAUACCAGUCGAUGCCGAUGGCGCUGGACGCGCUGUCCGGCGUCACCAAGGAGGAGGACUGCAAGAGCGAUCGCUCGAAGGAGAACUCCGCGGACGAGGAGGGCGAGUACCGCGCGCCGGCGCACGCGCACGCGCCGCACCCGCCGCACCCGCCCGACGCCCGCGCGCUGCUGCACCACAACGGACAGGACUAAUGCACACGCCAGCGACGGAGGGACGGCUCGCCAGCGUCGUCCACUAACAUCGCCCACUAUGGAAUACUAAAACUGGAAUUUAAUCUGUGUAUUUCGUAGAGAUCUCAACUAUCAAUAAUUAUUAUCCUAUAUUUAUUUGUAUAUUAGGACACCGCAGUGUACAGCUAAUACGUUAUAUUAUGAAUUCGAUUAGAAUUUUUCACAUGAAAUACACCAAAUAAAUUUCAGUUUUACGAACAUGAAUAAUAUUUUUCGAAGGUAUUUGUAACACCUCCGUAGCCUGUCUGGGGCGACGUCCACGUAAAAGAAUAUUAGUUAAAUUUAUAUUUGAAGAGAUGUGUUAAUAUUGUAAAUGUAUAAUAAAAUCGCGUAUUUAAGUGAUAGGCGAUAAUUUAUUCUGAUGGAGUGCAAUAAGUAUGAACGAUGUUGUGAUUGUUACGAGUUAAGAUUAUUCCGUAUUCUGUUGUAUUGUUUACAUUCCGUGUCACAUUCCACCACUUUAUACUUGUCUAGUUAUUUUGAAGCCUGACCAGAGACUAAAAAUCUUGAUGACAUACAAAACCACAAAACAGAUCGUGUCGCGCAAAAACACCGCCGAGCUGACACUCCGCAAACAGUUUACACAAAAGAUAUUGAAAAUGGUAAGUGCGGUGUUCAUACAAAAUGCAGUAACCAAUAAUCGCUCGACUGUCAACUUCUCGCGACCGAUGCAAUAAAAAAUAUAAAUGGCACCUCCGCACAGAUAAAAAUAAGCAUAAGAUAUAUUUUUUAAUUUAUGGUAAGGCGACAUCCACUGUUUUUUUACAAUUUAUAUUAAUUUAAACACUCCUGUUUUGUGUUAAAGUGACUGUAGAUAUAAAGUGUUAUUAUAUGUGCGAAACUUCUGAAUCUCACCAAAGUUUGUAAAAUAUUUCGUAAUAAUAGUUAUUAUAUUCGAUGAUAAACAAUUUUUAAAUGUAAAUAAUUAAUUAUAAAUGGGAUAAAUUGAAUUAACCAUUAAAUUAAUGAGACAUUAAGUGUCUAAAAUGGUAUAUAGUAGUGUAUUUGUAAUUGUUGUAGUUGUUAGUUAUUUGAACAGGCGCGUAGCCGUGGGAUCUGACGGGGGUCUAAAUGAAACAUUAUUCACCGUGCAUACCUGUUAACGACUAUCAUUUUCAUGUUCAGAGCCGGCGCACAGGUCCGUUGACCCCCUUCACUACGUGCCUGUAUGUGAAUACAGUAUGUUCUCGUGGGGGACGCAGAAACGUCACUGGGGGGUCCGCGACGCACUCGUCACGCAGCACUUAACUUGUACACUCUUCGAUGUAAUAAAACCAUUAAACACAACAUAGUAUAAGUGUAGGCAGAAUGUAUCGUUAAAUGUCUUGCCAAGUUGAUUUUUGCGCGCAAGCGUACAUUAGAUUCUCUAUUAGUUCAAAUUAUUUGUAUUUCUUGAGAAUUGAUGGGAUGGGAUAAACCUUCGUGUGAAUAUUAAAGGUGUAAAAUUAAAUACGUAAUUGAUCGAUUUACUGCUAAGUCGCAUUUGGGUAGUUAAAGAAUAUUCAUAUAAAAAGGUGAACAAAAAGUGUGUCGAUUGAAAUCGACGAAGCUUAAUUACAAAAUAGUCAGUUUUUUCCAAACCACAUAAUUUUUUAUUUCAUCAUUUUUCGUAAUCACAAAAUGACAGUGCGCGCCAGGAAUAGACAAAUAAAGUAUCUGCACUCAAUGUUCAAAUAAAAAGGAGCUUUCAAGAUUUUAGUGAAUAAUGAAAGUUAGUAUAAUGAAGAGGUUCAACCCAAACCUGGCUUUAGAUAAUUGUAUACUAUUACAUAAUUAGGUGUAACAGUACGUUAACGCCAACGUGGCGUAGCGGUUUUGACAGUAGCGUGACAUUUAUUCUGUCAAAAACGUCAAGGCGUUUUGAACUUGGCGAUUAGAAGGAACUGUCAAAACUGACACGUCACAACGGAGUUAGUUUAGAUAGAUACCGAGUCGUAACUGGUGUACAUACAAAUUUAUUUGUAUAAAAUAAUUUUAUAACUACGUUGAUAAUUAACGUUUCCUUUAUGCGACAUACAUUUCCAAAUGUGACUGUUUUAUGUUAGGUUAUUGUACACGACAUUCUAUUUCCACGUACUCAAUUUGAUGUUACGCCGACAGUAGUUUCCGGGAAUGAAUCAUUGAUUUAAUUGAAUUAAUUUGUUUUAGAGGCAUUGCUCCGAUCACUGACCUUGCAUCAAAGCUUCAGUUUAUUCCUCGACAUUCAUAUAAGUAAUAUUGAAUUACAUCCAUAUUUUUUCAUCCUUAAUACGCUCACAUAGGCAAGAAGUUUAAUUCACUAGAAAUUCAAUUGUAUUACUUAUGUUAUAGGUUACAACAUAAGUUAAACAUUUUAAUAACAGUAUUGUCCAGUUAAGGAAAAGAGCAAAUGAAAUAAAAUCAUCUGUUCCUACCGGAAAUUAGUCAGGAAUUCUCAAUAAAUCCAAACGUUAUUUGCCUCAUUACUGAACGCCCGUGUAAAUGUUUAAUUAACCAUUUAUAAAAAAAAACGUUAAAUCUAAAUUCAUAUCCUUUGCCCAUAUACAAUAUGUUUCAAAAAACUAGGUCGGUGAUGCGGAAAUGUCACACAAGUUAAUUAAAACUUCAAAACUUAACAGAAGACUGAACACUACUUACGAGUCUAUUUUAUAAAAACUUAUUGUACAUUAACAGUAAUCAGUAAUCACAGUAUCAGUACUAUCAGGCGACAGAAUCACAUCGUAGUACACGGUAGGCACAUCAUAUAACAAUAUUAUCAUUACAGGGAUUUUUAUAUAUAAAAAACUAAUUACAUUCUAUUGAAUAUUUAAUAUUUUAACAGAUUUUAUAUUGCUUUUAGUAAUUCCUUUACGCUUCACCACACGAACAAGAUUUUUUUAUGCACUUGUGUCUGCGACGUUGCAUUUUUCACGUUGGAUAUGAAAUAAGGUCAUGUGAAUAAGGCCGUAUGAAACGUAAAUACAUGUGCCAAAAGAAUAAUAAUGAAACUAUAACGUGCACUAUAUGAAAUAAAUAUUUGAUGUUUUAAUCGUUCCCAACGUUGAUUCGCAAUUAAUUCCUAUUAAAUAGCUCAACAAAAUACAUUCCAUUUUAAAUAAACUAUUGAAACGCAUUAUUGAUUUAUAGAUAAUAAGAAAAUGUUAAACAUCGUCGGGAAUGACUAAAAUAUACCAGCAUUCGUUUCGUAUUUUAAUUGACUUUUAUACUUGUGUUGUGAUCAUAGAUUGUGGUGUCGGAUAUUUUUUUUUACCUAAUUCGUACAAAUUGAAGCAGUAUUAGAGUGAUUUUGUUAAAGUUUUAAUUGAGAAGUUUUUAAUUAAGUUUUGUUAUUUGUUAAUAAUGUGUAAAAUGAACGAAGAAAUUAUUAUAUGAUAGUGUUUUAAUGAGUUUCCUUGUGAAAAGGAGCUCUAUUGCGCGUUGUCGGUAGUUCCGUGGCACAUUGUUUCAAUUACUUUGUCAGUUCAAGUUCCGAGCGAUAUUCGAAUGAACUGAACACAAGACGCCACCACGUUCGAGUUCUUUGAAAGCUACAUUCAUUUCAGUAUAGAAUAUACAAGAGAUACAUCAGGAGCCAAAUGUAAAAGCGUAAAGAGUAAUAAUAAAUAAUAUAUUGUAAUAAAUCGAGUACAUACGUUUAGUUGAUAGUAUCUACAUGUGAUUUGUAAUGAUUUAGUAAAUUUUUGAAAUAUUUAGUUCCUUCAUUUUGUUACUUAUAUUUAUAUAACGAUGUAAUGCGAUGGUUUAGCUCUUAGAUAAAAUUGUUCACUCCGAUAAAGAGUAUAAUUAAUUAUAAGUUGUGUAAUUUAAUUUGUUGUAUUUUUCCUUAAUAUAAUAAUGACAAAUUAAAUGAUAUCGUUACAUUAGGAUGUAAAAAAGAUUAUCUAUUUGAUCUUAAAAUAAUACGACAAAAAUAUUUAUGUUCUAGUAUCAUUCUAUCGUGUAAUUCAAAUUGAAAUGAUGGAGUGAUGUAGUGAAAUUCGUCUACGGUCACCAACGUAAAGUGUAAAAAAUAAAAAAUAUCAAAUAACA